GAUCCUGCUGACGGUGGUGGUGAUUUUCCGCAUCCUGAUCGUGGCCAUCGUGGGCGAGACGGUKUACGAGGACGAGCAGACCAUGUUCAUGUGCAACACGCUGCAGCCCGGCUGUAACCAGGCGUGCUACGACAAAGCCUUCCCCAUCUCGCACAUCCGCUACUGGGUGUUCCAGAUCAUCCUGGUGUGCACGCCCAGCCUGUGCUUCAUCACCUACUCCGUGCAUCAGGCGGCCAAACAGCGCGAGCGCCGCUACUCCUUCCUCUACCCGCUGCUGGACGCCAAAAAACAACCCAAACUCAACGGGGCGCUGGCGCCCGAUGGCAGCGGUGGUGGCACCAAGGACGAGGGGGACGAUGCCAAGGAAAGCGUGGGGACAAUGGCACGGCCACCGCGCAGCGCCAAAAUGAAGAGACAGGAGGGCAUCUCGCGCUUCUACGUGAUCCAGGUGUGUGGGGAAUGGUUGUUGGGGAGUGGUUGUUGA